UGCAUACGAACCAGGACCCCAUCUCCAUGGGUCUCACUGUUUAUAUAAAGCCGUAUUUUCAUUUUCUUUAACGCAGCUCACCGAAUCCAUCAAUUCCACCACCAGAACCGCCACGAAUACCGCCACAAGGAUCGCCAUCCCCUCCGCGAUAAAUUCCGCGAUGAAUUCCGCGAUAAAUUCCGCGAUAAAUUUAACGAUAAAUUUUGCGAUAAAUUUAGCGAUAAAUUACGCGAUCCAGUGAAUUCUCCAAAAAAUUCGAGAUCACUCCCAAAUCAAUCAAUCCCAUCACCCAAUAAUGACAAUCAUCGAUUGUCAUUAAUUCCAGGAAUUCUUGUGCUCGUGAAGUCGAAUGGGAUUGAAUAAUUGUGUGAAAUAAAGAUAUAUCCGAGUGACGAUGACAGUGGAAUAAUGUGGAACGUUCCUGAUCUCUGAUUUGAUCGACCAUGAGGAAACCGGGGAAGAGGAUGAAACGACAAUGGGACGGUAUCAGAGCGUGUAAUUUUGAAUUGACAGAGUCACGUUGGAGUGAAGAGAGCCAGAUGGUCCAAGGUCACUCGUUGCCCGUGGAUUUUAAUGAACUUAAUCGUGUACCAGUGUAAUUAUACGAUAUCGAUAAUAAAUCAUGUCUCAGCGGUUGAUGAUACCGAACGAGGACUCGUACCUCAAGUCAGGACGACCAUCGAAUCUCUUCAAAACGAGUUUCUCGUGUCCUCAGUUGGAGAGAUUGUACCGUUCUUCAUCGUUGCAGCAAAAACGAGGUGGUCUUCACUGCUUCAUCGUGUACGCCAUUCUGUAUGAUAUUUACAUGCUACUGUCACCUGAACCCGAGUUGCAAGCACGGGGUGUUGUUGCUAUAUUCCUCGGUCUUAAUCUUGGAUUAUUGGCAAUUGUUGAGAGAGGGACCAGAGCAAGGGAUACACUCUGGUCAACAUUACCCCAUAUGGCAUGGCAUUUAACACUUGCCCAAUUGCUGGCCCAAUUAUUUUUGAAGGCUGAUGUUACACCCAGGGACAGUCUUGGCUGGCUUUUACUCAUGGUUUAUCUACUCUUUGCUACUUUACCUCUCAGACUUUUGCUUUGUGCUCUACUUGCACUGGGGACUGUUACUACUUAUGUUGUGGCGGUCGUCGGACUUGGAAAAAAUCCAUUUCAACCGCCCGUUGAAGUCUUGGCGAUAACAGGAUCGCUAUCACUAGCGGCAGCAGUUCUUGGUGCCUCUAGUUACUCUCUAGCUGAGUAUCAGCAACGCCGGGCAUUUCUAGAGACCCGUCAAUGCCUCCAGGCACAAUUGGUAAUUGAAGAGCAAUCGGCGGAGCAGGAACGCCUUCUCCUGAGUGUCCUACCGGAGCACGUGGCUGUUAAAAUGCGUCAGGAUCUCGGUGCAUCGAUGGACACGCAAUUCAAAAAAAUUUACAUGUCGAGACAUGAGAAUGUCUCCAUUUUGUAUGCUGAUAUCGUUGGCUUCACCGCCAUCUCGUCAACGUACAGCGCCAGCGAGCUUGUCAAAAUUUUAAACGAACUUUUUGCACGCUUCGAUCGUCUCAGCGAAUGGUACGAGCAAUUGCGGAUAAAAAUCCUGGGUGAUUGCUACUACUGCGUGAGUGGAGCACCCGUUGAGCGUCCGGAUCACGCGAUUCUCUGUGUCCACAUGGGAUUAUCAAUGGUGGAGGCAAUAAAAUACGUACAAGCCAAGACCCAGAGCCCAGUGGAUAUGAGAGUUGGUAUACAUACUGGUGCCGUACUGGCUGGUGUCCUUGGACAGAGACAGUGGCAAUUUGACGUUUACAGUAAGGACGUGGUGUUGGCUAAUAAAAUGGAGAGCAGUGGAAUGGCUGGGCGGGUGCAUAUUUCCAAUACGACGAUGAGCUUUUUGAAUGGAGAAUUUGAGGUGGAGCCGGCGUAUGGCGAGAGGAGGGAAGAGGCACUUGCUAAGGCUGGCCUCAUCACUUAUUUUAUUGUCAGGGCACUUAAGCCUUUUCAACCUGCUAUGGGGAACAGUGUGGCAUCACUCGCUGGGACUGAGACAUCCCAGACCAUGAUGGAUAUUCCUGAUGAGGAGGCUAAGGAGGACUCGAAGGACUUUCGGGAGAGACUCAGAAAAGAACUCGAUAGUCGAGUGGGUGGCGCUGAAUUGAGGGGUCAGGCUUCCUGGCUCACUCUCAACUUCAAGGACCCCAAUGUCGAAGAUGCUUUUCACAGCAGUGGGGAAGCUUUCUCACCACUCUCGUUGUUAGGUGGACCCCUGGUGAUGAUCUGUGCAGCGCCAGUCUGGAGGGUGCAGCCCUCGGGUAAAUUCACCUUCGGUGGUAUAGGAAUGGUGACACUUUUUGGAAUAGUAUUGGCAGGUGCAACGUGCCUAGGGAGUGCCGUUCGUGCCCGAUGGCUCAGACGAACCCUCGCACUGCUCAUGAUAUUUUCCCUGAGUAUUUUCAUCAUCCUGGACAUGGGCAAUUGUGCUGUGAUAGACGAGGCGGAUCCACCCACCAACGCCUCCAUAAAAUCAUCUCGCUGUCCCUAUCCCUCGUACUACUCGUACGUGGGUGUUUUAGCGCUGAUUGUUAUUUCAAUGCCAGCGUACAUAAGUUACUUGGGUAAAUCCAUACUCAUGUUCAUGCUCGCUGGUAGCCAGUGCUCUGUCAAUAUUCUCAUACUCGGUGGAAGUCUCGAUCGCGAAGACAUGGCGUCUUACUCGUCUGAUCCAGUACCACUACCCCUCAAGUACUCACUCUCAGCAACUCUAAUCACUGUGGCAAUUACACUCGUCAUUGUCGCCAGAUACACUGAGAAAUCGAGGCGAAUUCUCUUUUUACGUGGAAGGGAAGUUGUGGCCCAGAGGGAGAGGGCAGCGGACAUGAAGAGGAGAAAUGGCGCUUUGAUUUAUAAUAUUUUACCUCCUCAUGUUGCUAUGUACUAUCUGUCGAAUACGAGGCACCACGAUGAUCUGUACAGUCAGAGUUACUCCGAGGUCGGUGUACUUUUUGCGAGUAUGCCAACGUUUGCCGAUUUCUACAGCGAGGAGAGCAUCAACAAUCAGGGCCUUGAGUGCCUCAGAUUUCUCAAUGAAGUUAUCUCCGAUUUUGAUGCUAUUCUCGACCAGAGUAAGUUCAAGUGCAUCACUAAGAUCAAGACGAUAGGCUCGACCUAUAUGGCUGCCUCAGGAAUAACUGAGGAUGCUGAUCUCGAGGAUGGCCCUAGGUGGGGCCAUUUGUCUGCCCUCGUGGAGUUCGCACUAGAGCUCAAGAAAGCCUUAUCCAGUAUCAAUGAGCAGAGCUUCAAUCAUUUCGUCCUGAAGAUGGGGAUCAAUCAUGGUCCAGUUACCGCUGGAGUCAUUGGGGCGAGAAAACCCCAUUACGAUAUCUGGGGAAAUACUGUCAAUGUUGCCUCCAGGAUGGAAAGCACUGGCAAAGUCGGGCAUCUCCAGGUGACUGACGAGACGAGAAAAAUCCUUGAGCCCUUCGGCUACGGUUUCGAACAACGUGGCAUGGUGUUUGUGAAGGGAAAAGGUCAACUUCUCACUCAUUAUCUGAUAACGAAAAAUGGCGCCUACCUGAAUUUAGACAGUGAUAUUCCGAAGGAACCGACCCAUCAGAUCAUCUAUCAGUAGAUUAAAUUGAAAAUAAAAAAUGGGUAUUUGAAAGAGUGGAGUAUCCACUGUCCCUGGGGACAUCUACGUCAUGACAACGUAAUAUUGAAGAUUGAACGAUAUGUGUUAUCGUCUCUAACUGAAAUAUCAAUUCAAGGAGAAAUAACUUCGAAUUCACGUUCGAUUGUCAUUUUCUUGUUAACGGGCUUUCAAACAAAACUAAUAGAGUAAUUUUUGAUUAGAGAUUAUUUCGUCGUGGAAUAUACAAAAUUUUUCGUGUUCCAACUUUCGAAAUGGUGGGUUACGAGGCGGAAAGGAAUUAAAUCGACACUCGCGGAAUAAAUCAAGUGACAAGAUAGUAAACUGAAAAAAGUCGAAUCCCACAUUUUCUAACUAUCGAUAUAACUCCCACACUAUAGAUCUCCCAUAAAAACGUUAUAAAGCUUUUUUAAAGUCGAUUAAAUUUCCCACAAAAAAGGUAUUUUGCAAAUUCUUCUUAAGAUCCACCCUUCUCGAGAUUAAUCGAUAUUCAGCAAAAUCGUAAAAUUCGACUUGACUCUUUUCACUUUUUUGCAACUGAAUUACAAAGUGUCACACGACAAGAUAAAAAAUUCAUAAAUUCCGAAGAAUCCCCGGAGUAAUGAGUACUAAAUUUCAUCUUCACAAAGUAAAACCAAAUGCUCGAGCCAAAGUGUGAGAGAUAAUUCCAAAAAAAAUAAAAAUCUAACGCUAAAUUUAAGAGAUACAAAUCAAAUUGAAUGGUCAACGAGGAGAACGUGUUCGCGUAAUUGUCCAUUGUCUAGACUAACGUGCAAAUAAUAAAUAUCAAAAGUAUAUCAGUGUAUCGAGAUGUGGAAAGAGGAUAGAAUUUAAAUACAGGGGAAAUACUCUAGCGAAAACGUUCUUCGCGUCUGUGAUAACUUUGUCGGUGGUUUAGUGUUGUAUUUAACAGUAGAAAUGUAUGAUCUGGUUGUUGUACUGUCAAGUUGUCUGACAGUGUGAAUAAUUCGACGAUCGGACUGCCUCGAUUUAUUUAUCCCCACGAUAUUUGCACGUCUGACUGGCACAGGGUGCGACUACUCGUUCACUGCACAUUCUUUUUAUAUUUCAGUCGGUGUGUAGUACUCACUGUCGGCUAAAUAGAAAAUUCCCAUCUUCGAUGAUUACCUGAUAACAGGAGAAAUAAAAUCCCUUUUUCAAUGAAAAUAUCCAUUUUCCCAGGAACUAGGUUUUAUUCACUGGAUUUAUUUAUUUCACUCGUUUUUUUUUAUCAUUUAUUUUAUUUAUUAAUUUUUUUUUCUCUUGAAAAUAAAUGAAUUUUUAGGGAUUUAUUAUUGUUCGGAGAAUUUGGGGGAAAUUUGGUUUUAAUUCGAUGAUUUUUUUUUUUGGUGGAUGGGAAAAUUUUAAGAGAUUUUUCUUGAAUGGGGAUUCCCUCGUCUCUGUGAAAUGUGUCUGAUGAAAAUACAACCCUUACUACUCGAAUUGAGCUUCGGAAGUAAAUCAUUAAUAUAAUCGAGUAUAUUUUCGAGGAAGUCCUUAAAUUGUUAAUGAUAUUGUAUAAAUGGAGUGAAGGAAUUCGUUUGAUGAUUCGGAGAAAUUGUAAAACGAUUUAAUGACAAAUUAUUUUACAAUUUAACUCUGAAUUGUUGUCGGCGAUAAUUUAUUUUUCUACGUAGAGCGCCGGGUUAUCACAGACCCUUUUCUGUCUCAUUGUCGUAAUUUUAAUUUUUCUCUCUCUACCUGGGUUUGAUUAUCGGGUAAUGAGAGUUGGAGAGGUGGUGAGAAAGUAUUUAAUUGAAAAUAUUAAUAAUUAAUAUUUUAUUUGAAGAUCGUGCACGGCCUAAAGCGCGAGUCUCACCCAGAGUUGAUUCAAGAAUUUUCCAACGAUUAAUCAAGAAAGUAUAAUGAGAAAUAAUUAUUCAGAGAUAACUAUUUUCAAGUUUUUUCUUUCUGACCUAUUUGUAACUGUCGUUUUAAUAUAAAUAAUGUCUUCGAACGAAUGGACUAAAGUUGAUGAUUAAAUCAGUCUGAUUUUUUGGGACUAAUGACGGGGGAUUGGAGACUCGCGCGUUUAAACAAUCGAAGGGAUUAAUUAUCACAAUUAAAAUAUUAACAGAGAUAGAUGAAUAGUCAGACAUCGAGGGAAAUACGUCUAGCAUGAAAAAUAAAAACGAAAAAAUACAACAACGCAAAAAAAAAGUAAUGAUUAAUUCAACGGAUUAAUUCGAAAUUCUGGAACAUCUAUCAAUGGAUAAUUGAGGAAUGGUUUUAAUUGGGGGGAGAGGGAGGGGGGAGUGCAAUGAGUCGUGGGAAUUAGGAUACAUUGAACUCUGAAACAAAUGAAUAAAUUAUUCUGUACAUAAUUUAAAUGAGUCUGAUGAUUCCACAACACAGAGAACUAAUUAGUUUGAGGUAUGUAGGGGAGUGGAGAAAUUGGACGGGUCAAUUUCACUUCGUAAUGAGGUUUUAAUGAGUAUUGUCAAGGGGCGUGUCACGAAAUUUUUAUACAGACCAGAAAGAACUGAAAAUUUGAGUAUUUAUUUCAGUCCUUUGGGGGAAAAUUGAUGGAGUGGAAAAAAGUGGAACACUUUUUUAUUUAAUCUCACUGUGAAAUUAAAACUUUCGUCAUCACAUUUUUCGAUUCUAUAUAUUAAAUAUUAUUCUGAUUAUUCUGGAAGUGGAAAUGACUCUUUUUGCUUCGUCAUUCCAUCGCUGAAUUAUUGAGAACUUGAGAAAUCGAGUUGAAAAAUUAUUGCUCUCCAAUGGUGGUCCUGAAAUAUUUAAAUAAAUAUUCGAAUAUUAUUAA